GGUUGGGCAGGAGGAGGAGGGGAGGGGGAGGGACGGGAGGAUGAGGACGAGGAGGAAGACGAGGAGAUUCCCCCCUCCAUCAGCAACGCCGCCUUUGACGAGGAACUCCAGAGGGCCAUCGUCGCAGCCGCCCAGGGCAGGGAUGUGCAUCAUAUACAGCUGUACAAAGCUGAGGGCAGCAGCCUGGGCUUUAGCGUCGUGGGCCUGAGAUCAGAGAAGAGAGGAGAACUGGGCAUUUACGUCCAGGGCAUUCAACCCACGGGCAUCGCUGCAAAAGAUGGAAGGCUGGAGGAGGGCGACCAGAUCCUGGCCAUCGACGGGCAGGUCCUGGAUUCGUACAUCUCACAUCAGCAGGCCAUUGGCAUCCUGCAGAAGGCCAGUCGACUGGUAGACCUGGUAGUGGCAAGGGCGCCGCCUCUGGAGAAGCAGGCUGUGAUUCUGAAGCCGGAGGAAGCCGCCUUAGCUGAUCAACACCACCUUCAGCAGCAGCUACAGCCGGACGCCGACCAACAUCAGCCGGCGUCGGCUGCCCAGCCUGGUUCCACCCUGCCCGAGGCCAACGCCACAGACAUGUUGAACACCGAGUGGGCCCAGGUAGAGGUGAUUGACCUUAUCAACGAUGGAUCAGGACUGGGUUUCGGCAUCAUGGGGCGGUCCACCGGGGUGGUGGUUAAGACCAUCUUGCCCGGAGGCGUGGCUGACAGGGACUCCCGCUUGCAAUCCGGCGACCACAUCCUGCAGAUCGGGGAAGUCAACCUCCGGGGUAUGGGCAGCGACCAGGUCGCCACCGUCCUCAGGCAAUCCGGGUCCCACGUCCGACUCAUAGUGGCGAGACCUGUCGAGCCCACCUCUCCCGAUUUCCAGAUGGGUCGCUCGGCUCCAAUCGUCGAGACCCGAGUCCUGAACGACCCCGAGGAACUGGAACGCCGUCUGAGCCUCCUACAGAACGGGUACCCACCUUCUUCGUCCUCCUCUGCGGCAGCUGCUGCUGCUGCAGCGGCGGCGGCGGCGGCAGCAGGCGGAGGCCCUGGGCCGAUAGUGGUCCCUAAUGUCGAUCAGAUGGGACCUUACACCAACGGAGAGGCUGAGCCUGGGGAGAGCGGCCUUGGGGCUGGAGUGGUACAGAUUGGCACUGUAACCACAGAGGCCCACCUUCACUACCCUGUGCCACAGACCCAGCAACAGAUCGGUGGAGGAGGGGGAGGCGGAGGAGGAGGAGGAGGUGGAGGUGGAGGUAGAGGCGGAGGAGGCCAGGUCUACGGCCUGGAGGACACCUCGAUCGUCGUCCCCUCUGCCGCCGCCCAAGGGGGAGGCGCCCCCGGGACCUCCUCCUCCUUCAGCGAGGAAGACCUGCCCGAAAUGGAGAACAUCGAGUUGGAAGUUACCAAGGACCACCAGGGACUCGGCAUCACCAUCGCCGGCUACGUCUGCGAGAGAGAGGAACUCUCCGGCAUCUUCGUGAAGUCCAUCAACGCCGGAAGCGCUGCCGACAGGAACGGCCAGAUACAAGUGAACGAUCAGAUUGUGCAGGUUGAUGGCCAGAGUCUCUCCGGCCUGAGCAACCAUGCGGCCGUAGACGUCCUGAGAGCCACUGGCCAGGUCGUCAGGCUUCGACUGGCCAGGUACCUCCGAGGGCCCAAAUACGAGCAGCUGCAGCAGGCCAUCGCCAAUUCGGAACUGAAGACCACGCCCACCACACCCAAUCCUCCUAGAGCUCCUGUGACGAACUACCCAGGUUGUCACCCACCCACGUGUGGGGGCAAUGCCCGGACGAAAAGUUCCCUCCGAGUUCGGCCCACCCGUCUGAACGGUGACCUGGUCGCCAAAAAUAAACUGGGCGAGCUCCCCAACAGCGAUGCCAUCCGCUCUGCCCUGGGCGAGCUGGAAAGCAGCGAAGAGGUCAACGUGGUGGAAGCCAUCAAUCCAGCCCUCUCGCCGCCACCUACCUCCUCGUCUACAAUCAUUGCCGACGUGCCUCCCCUCUCCUCUGCCUCAGCUUCCAUCUCUCUUCACCAUCAGCCUCUUGUGCAACAGCUUCCUCCUCCUCCUGCACCCACUGCUCCAGCUCCUGCUCUUCCUCCUCCCUCUGCUGCUGGCAUUCUGUCUUCUUCGAUCUCCUCUUCGUCUUACACGACUACCACCAAUGUGCCUCAGCUGGCUAGCAUCUCUCAAGUGUCCUCCGGGGUGGGAAGCGCCGAUGCUCGUCUGGAAGACAUUGAGCUGAUGAUCGACAGCGACUACACGGGAGAGCUCCGGCCCUCCGUGGCCAAUGCCAUUGAACGGAAAUGGUCUAGGAUUGUAGGACCUGAAUUUGAAAUUGUGGUUGCUCAGCUAAGUAAAUUUGAAGAAGGAGGCGGACUAGGGAUCAGUUUAGAAGGAACUGUGGAUGUCGAGGGUGGAAGGGAAGUCCGUCCUCACCACUACAUCCGCUCUAUCCUUCCGGAUGGACCUGUUGGAAGGAAUGCGAAGCUUUGUAGUGGAGAUGAACUGCUUGAGGUUAAUGGGCAGAAGUUACUAGGACUGAACCACGUGGAGGUUGUAGGAAUCCUGAAAGAACUUCCAAGAUCAGUACGUUUAGUUUGCGGGCGCCGUGCUCCUGGAGCACCUCCACCAUUACAUCCGAUCGACGCCCCAACAGCGGACAGAGACACGUUUGCUGCUAGGAAUAUUUUGGGUGGCUCCCUUCAAAAUCUGAUUCCCGGGUCUGAACGACUCGUAAAGGCCAAGUCUGACGGAUCACUAGCCUCGUCAGCCACUGCAGCAACAAACGAGACCUCUUUCAACCGAAUGAAGAGCCGCAGCCUAGAACCUCUCACUGGCCUGGCCAUGUGGAGUUCUGAGUCACAGGUUAUCGAACUCAUGAAAGGGGACAGAGGUCUUGGCUUCUCCAUCUUAGACUAUCAGGAUCCACUCAACCCUCAAGAGACAGUCAUUGUAAUACGCUCAUUAGUCCCCGGAGGUGUUGCCGAGAAGGAUGGCCGGUUAAUACCUGGUGAUCGCCUAGUAGCCGUCAACGGAACCAACCUUGAAAAUGCAACACUGGAUCAAGCCGUGGCAGCUCUCAAAGGAGCCCCCAAGGGGCUCGUCUCAAUAGCUGUUGCCAAGCCCAUCAGCGUCCUUGAAUCAACUGGUCAGCUCCACACUCCCGAUUCGGAAGACAAUGUGUCUUCGCAUCCAAGAAGAAGCCUGUUGGACGCCAUCUUAGGUGAACUCGGCACCUCGGGAGAGGUUCAGGACAACCAACUUAUGGACAGGUCCCACGACGAAGACGACUUCGACGACCUCGUGGGAGAGAGAAACCUGGACGACGAGGGCAAGUUCUCCUCCAGAAGGGACGGAGGAGAAGAAGAAGAAGAAGAAGAUUAUCUGGAAGGACACGUGUACAGAACCCACGGGCACUCAGGAUCGGUCCUCUCCUCAGGGUCAGAGGUUCUCCCCCUCUCCUCCCCACCGCACACCCCCGCCUUCCCCACCGACGAGGAAGAGGAGAUCACUGAAUAUGAUAAUGAGAAUUCUUCGUGCUUUAUUGGAUACGUUUGUCACUACAGUGCCUUGAGAUCCAAGUGCAAGAAAUAUGAAGAAAUCAUAAUGUCUGGUAACGGGAAACGAACCCGCUAUAAGAGCGAUCACCCGCUUAGCUAUGAUGGUGAUGACGGGUCUAUUCCAGCACUCAUAAAUAUAUCUGAAAAUGACAGAUAUAAUGCACUAUACUUCUUCCGUCGCUGUGUCCGAUUGUUUGGAAAAGGGGCUUCAUGUGAUGAGAGAGAGGAGAAAGGAACAGUAAUGCUUCCCAGGUCCCUGACUUUCGACCAUUUAGUGGGGCGGCCCUGGGGUUACACCAGGGAACAGAAUAUGAGGUUCGAGCUGCUGAGGCGUGGCGCUAGAGGAGGUGGCAGUGGUGGAAGCGAUGUCGCCAUUGUUGGCAGCGGGGAAGACGAUGCGGCCGUACCAACCUCCUCCUCCGCCACCACCUCCUACAGGCAACCUACUACUACUUCUACUACUCCUCCUCCUCCACCACUUCCUCCUCAGCCUCCUGGCCUCACUCUCAGCCUAGCUUCGCCCUCGUCUCUGCGACCCCCGAGCCGCCACGACCCUUCGGAGGUCGUUUCGCCGGUCAACGUGUACAAGGCUUCCGUGCUGAUGGUGCCAGUGGCCACGGAGAGACUGAUAGGCGGAGUGUCUGCAAACAGCAUGGCCCCCUCUCCCACCACCUCCCUCCCGGGGACACAGACCCACCACGCCCCGGUCUCUCUUACAGGUACCAGCGGCGGGUCAGGUGACGAGGAGCAGGCCACGCCCCACUCCUCGCCCCAGUUGGGCAGGUGGACUGCCCAGGUGCCCUCUUUACCCAAGGACCUGGAAAGGGCCAUCAAGAUCAAGAAGGGAGGCGACCAGCUGGGCGUCAACAUCGAGGUGGUGGACCAGGGCGUGAACGGCGUGGUGGUGUCCUCCCUGGUGAGGAACGGCGCCGUCCACAAGGACGGGAGACUCCACGCCGGGGACUUCAUCCUCAGCGUCAACAACGAGUCCAUGAGGAACAUCACCAAUUCCCAGGCCAGGGCCAUCCUCAGGAGGACUCAGCUCGUCAGCACCGACGUCAGCAUUGUUUACAUCAAAGGACAAGACGCAGCUGCCUUCAGAGAGGCCUCUUUGCUACAGUACAGAGCUGCACAGCAGGCGAAGCAGCAAGACCAGACCUCUUCACAGCCAACGCAGCAAACCAGCCCGAGGAUCUUCCCCAAGUACUAUCGGUCCCCUUAUGUACCUCGAGGAGACAGCUCGGAGGAUGAAGGUGGAAUAGGGUACAGCAGUGACUUAACUCGUUCCAUAACUGCCCCAUCCUUCAUCACUAAAGAUAUAAGGUCACGUGACCCGAGCCAGGAAGAUUUAUUAGGGUCAGUCACCAGCCUACCACAGGGUCAGCACUUGGAAAACGAGAGUGCUGGACGUACUGUCAUCAACAUCAAGCACGCCCUUAGUGACACUCUAGCUGAGUCACACCACGAAGAAUCAUCCCCAGUGUCUUCGGUCCAUGUCGGUGGUAGUGAAGAGCCACCAGAGAGGAAGCUUGUUGAUGACAGUGAAGAGGGACCUUUUACUAUCACCUUCAAGAACGUCUCGGAAGCCCCAGCGCACUUCACCUCCAAAGUAGGCCUAGAGGCUGAGGCGGAAGACCACGAGGUUUUAGGAGUACUCCAAGGCGAAGGUGGUAUUACCGCUGCGCCUUCGGAGGGUCGCUCAUCAAGUUCAAGUCCCAUGCUGGAUGGUAAACACUGGGGACCUGAGCGUACUGUUGAGGUAAGGCGAGAUGAUAAGAACUCUCUCGGCAUCUCCAUUGUGGGAGGCAAGGUCGAUCUCAGCUGGUCUGGAUCCUCCGUGACAGGAAUUUUUAUCAAGAAUGUAUUGCCUGAUUCUCCAGCUGGCAAAGGAGGACACCUCAAGACUGGUGACCGCAUUCUGGAAGUGGAAGGCACCGAUCUUCGUGGGGCCACCCAUGAAAAAGCUGUAGAAGUGAUCAAAAAGACAGGGAAUCCAGUGACUUUUGUUGUUCAAAGCCUUGUCCAAUGGACCCCAGCAAACUCGGCCCCCCCUUCCCGCGACGUGAGCCGCCUAGGAACCCGCGUCCCCCACUCUGUCACUCCCGCCCGAACGCCAACACCAGAACUCAUCCAGCCUGGGUUGCCAGAUCACAAGAAGCAAGAGAUUCAGGCAAACCUAAGCAAGCCUUUCAACAGAAGGCAGACCACGGAAGACUCCGACGAUGAUCUGGAUGAUGUCCACUACGACCAAGGUCGAAUUGAGACCAAAAAGGGUGUGGAGAUUGAUCGUGCUAGUGCUGGCGCCGUGAGGCGUAGCAAAGUGGAGAAGCAGAGCGACACAGAAGAGGAGGAUGAAUUCGGCUACACGAAAAAGAAAAUCCAGAAGAAGUAUGGCGACAUGAAGGGCGAAGUGGUCCUGGUGGAUCUGCAGAAGGGUGCUAACGGCCUGGGCAUCUCCCUGGCCGGUAACAAAGACCGCACCAUGAUGUCCGCCUUCAUCUGCGGUCUCAACCCCAACGGGAACGCCUUCAAAGAUGGCCGCCUCCGCGUCGGGGACGAGAUUCUCGAGGUCAACGGUAACGUCAUCUACGGCAGAUGUCAUCUCAACGCCUCCAGCAUCUUCAAGGGCAUCCCUGGCCCAUCUGUCAAAGUCAUCAUCCUCAGGAAGAAGACUGGCCUACAGGAAAUGGCCAUCAAGCCGAUCACCCAGUUCCCAGUCACUUUAGAGGAUGAGAGCCCAGAGGAGAAAUAUGCUCGCUUCAAGGGACUUACGAACGUCAUUAUGAAAAAGGGUCAAGCUGGACUGGGCAUCAUGAUCAUCGAGGGUAAACACGCCGAAUACGGCCAGGGCAUCUUCAUAUCCGACCUGCAGGAGGGAUCCGUGGCUGCAACGGCUGGACUCUUAGUGGGAGACAUGAUCUUGUGCGUGAACAAAGAGGAGAUGGUUGGGGUGGACUACGACCAAGCCACCAACAUCCUCAAGAAGACCGAGGGCGUGAUCAACAUGUGGGUGGCCAACGCAGCGAGAGCCGACGGAGGGAAAGGUGGCAAAAAGAAGCCAGAUGUGCCUCCCAAACCUUCACUGGGGCAAAAACCUGCCUUGCCGGCCAAACCGGCCUCUGUCACUGCGUCGCCUUUGCAUUCGUCCGCUUCUGCGUCUCCUAUGGUCACUGCUGCCAUUCCUUCGUCGUCUCCGCCCCCACCACCUCCUGAACGCCUUAACCCCGUCGAACGCCUGGCUUCUCACGGUUUGACGUCGCUCACUUCCACGUCCUCCACAACUUCGACGACGUCUUCGCCUUCUUCAAUUCCUCCAACAGAUGACCCACCACAGAGUAAAGACAAAGGAACUCCAGCGAAAAAGGGAGCGGAACCAGCAGCGAAAAAGGAAGAAGUGAAGGCGGAGCCACCGGCGGAUCCAGCAACAGCUGAGAUUAGGCCUGGUCGAGAGACCACCAUAGAAAUAGUCAAGGAGAAGAUGGGAUUAGGUCUGUCCAUUGUCGGUGGUUCUGACACACUACUGGGUGCUAUUAUUAUUCACGAAGUGUAUCCUGACGGUGCCGCGGCAAAGGAUGGAAGACUUAAGCCAGGGGACCAGAUUCUGAACGUAAAUAAUGAGAACUUCAGAGAAAUCACUCACCAAAAGGCCCUUAGUGUCUUACGACAGACUCCUUCAAAGGUGAAGAUGGUGGUAUAUCGUGAGGAAGGAACACAAAAAGAAGAAGAUCUCUAUGAUGUGAUCACCGUCCAGCUUACAAAAAAAUCUGGUAAAGGUCUCGGCCUGUCAAUCGUGGGCAGGAAGAACGGACCAGGCGUUUUUAUAUCCGAUGUGGUGCCAGGUGGAGUAGCAGAAAGUGAUGGGCGCCUUAUGCAAGGAGACCAGAUCCUGGAAGUCAACGACAAAGAUUUGAGAAAUGCCACGCAAGAACAGGCAGCAGCCAUCUUGAAAUGUGCUCCUGGUUCAGUUUCCAUGAAACUGGGAAGACUCAAAGCUGGCAAGAAGUCCAAUGCCAACAAUAAUGCGAACAGCACGUGGCCAGUGAUGAUUAGCGACGGAUCUCCAGAAGGCAUAAGCAGUGCUCCCACAGAGCCCCCUGUACCUACUCCCCGAACACACUUGCCUACCCUAGUCCAGCCCCACCACCACCACCUACCAGUGCAGCAGCAACACCCGUCACAAGAGGUUCAGGAACCUAUGGGUAUUCGGACAAUCGUACUUGAACGACGCGACGACGGUCUAGGCUUCUCCAUCGUCGGAGGUUUCGGAUCGAACCUGGGCGACCUGCCAAUCUACGUGAAGAGCGUGUUUGAGCGUGGGGCAGCCGCCCGUGAAGGAUCGCUACGACGAGGGGACCAGAUUCUCGAGGUGAACGGGGAGUCCCUCGCCGGACUGACACACGCCGAUGCAGUAGCCAUCCUGAAAGAAGCCAGGGGUUCAGUUGCGUUAACUAUUUUGCCCUCAAAAUAAAGACUUGCAUAACAUUUACUUUUCACAAAUUUAUUUUUUAAAUUUUGGUGUUCUGACUGUUGUGAAUGGAUAAUAAUAACAAGGUUUUGCAAUAUAGUUCUUGUUAUAAUAUGCCAGUGACAAAAUGUUAUAUAUUUGUUUUAAGUUAACCUGUCAAUUUUCAUUUUUGUUUCUUGCAAUUCAGUUAGUCUUAGAGGUUUCAGUGUAUUUUCAUGAAGCGUUAUGUACAAUGACAUUCAAUUAGAUUUUAAAAUAUAUGUGAGUGAAUUUGUUUUUCAUUGGAAAAUCUGUUGGUGUUUAGAAAUGAUACAUCAUCUCACCAGUAGCAUGUUUUCCACUGCUACUACUUUCUUGCGUGUGGUCGUAAUUCUUAAGUUUGUUUUUAAAUCCGCAUAAUCGAAAUACCUUGAUUUAUUUUGGUGUGCUGAUUUUAAGGUGAAUUUAUUGAUUCUGGUAAGGAUUAUAUCAUGAAAGUGAUGACAAAAAACAGUGAAGUCAAGUUGUAUCGUAACAGAAUCACGAGAAAGUUUCCAAGUCUCAUUUUUGCCUUUGGCCAUGGUAUAUAAAACAAGUAGCAAUACAAUACUGACGCAAACUACAGGUUGACUCAUAUCUUGGAAAAGUUGUUGAAAAGGUUUGAGAACGUGCCGUUGAAUAUCAAGUCACUACUGUACUGUGGUUCUUAUUCUGAAAAUGCUAAAAUUUAAAUUGCGUAUAUCCAGAUUCAAGUUAAAAAAGGUUAUAUGAUUUGAUACUUUGUACAUACGAUCAUUUACAGUUUGGGUAAAUGUGUUAGUGAUGCAUCCCAUUUACAAAUUAUAGUUUGCUAGAUGAUUCAGAAAGUUUAUUGCAUAUCAAAUUAUCAUCAGUAAAACAUUUAAAGUGCUAGAGUUUUUGUUCUGUCAAACAGAUCAUGUUUGAAUGGUCUUGUUCUGUGCUGGACUGCACUCGAUUGCAGAGUGAAGUUAAAAUGUCCUACUUGUAACUUUCGUGAAAGAACGUACGUGUACAUAAGAAAAUCUAUGAUCAAAAUUAAUCGUUCUUUCUGUGUAACCUUCUUAAAAUGUCACUAUUUUAUUGCACGAGAACUACUUACAUGGGAUCCUGUGUAUGUAUGUACUUUAUUGUAAUUAAUCUUGAAAACUUUUUCCAUUGCUUUGUCUCAUUCAAGAAUGGUUACCACAUUAAUGUGAUCAACUUCCACUUAUAUGUCACACUAUAUAAAUAUAUAUAUAAACAAGACUUUUCUUGGAUGUAAAUGUUGAAACUACUUUCGGGCACAUCAAUUCUCGCUUUGAGUUUCACUUAAACCAUUCAAAGUAUGGUUUGUUCGACAAAGCAAACCUCUGGCCCUUAAACCAUUGAUUUCUAAUAGUGCACUAAUCCAUAGGGUCUGCCGUUCAUGUUGUUGACUGCUUGAUUACAGAAACCUUGUGAAUCCAAACGUCUUGUUAAGGAUUUUCUGUUUGUAAGGUAUUGUUUAUCUACAUUUUGGAAGAUUAUAUGAUAACUUUAAGGAUUCUAUAUACGUUUGGAUUGACCAGGCUUCCGCACAUGUUACAUUGUUACGAAUUUGACCUCUUCCUUCUGAAAACAAUAAUUUCGUAGGAUUAUAUUAUUCAGUCUAGAUUAGGGAAGCAAUUUUUAAGUAUUGUCAGAUGUCAAAACAAUGCUGAUGAUGCUUUUCAUAGGUUAAGCAUUAUUAGGGCAUUAUUUUAUAAAGAUUAUUAAAAAAAAUAAAAGUUCUUUUAAGUCAAGGACUUCAGUACUGUGCAAUAAGGGACUAAGCCUUAUUUGUUAGUUGAUAUACAUAGUCCCUGUGAGUAUUGCAGUUCCGAUACCGUUUGUAGAUACAUGCUGGAAUAUUAUCGACAGAGGUUUGUUGAAUGAAGAAAUAUAUAUAUAUAAAAACCUUGUAACUUGUAAUACUGCCAUGCUUUGUCUUCUGUAGGAAUAAAGGGUUGGCAUCCAACGUUAACUGAUCGUACGGCCUCAUUGGUGCAGCUAGCACCCGUCACAUGCCACAAGCAAGGGGCCAGUUUAUCUUAGCAUAAUAUAAUUUUUUUUAUUAACGGUGAAAAAAGGAAGAUGACAUCUCUGCAUUUUCAGCAGUGUGUGCAAAUAUCUUUGGAAACAUGUUAGGAAAAUAUCCCAAUGUUUACUGGCAUUGUCAUUAAAGCACUUAACAAGCUCAUUAUAGACAUCUUUAUAUCUAUGCAAUAAGGCAGUACUAUGAAGUAAAAAAAUCUCUUAU